ACGUCACUUCCCAACCAAACGUGGCUGCCACAACUAUAGAAAGGAGUGGCUGUUAGAACUGUCAGGCUGUGCUAUUUUCUCGGAAAAUCCAUGACUUAUUUUAACAUUUUCACAUUUCUCCAGUGAUUGUCAGGACUAAAAAAAUAUAUCAAAAGACUCUGAACCUUCGACGAUGUCGUCUUCGGGUGAUUUUGGUAACCCGUUGAGGAAAUUUAAACUCGUCUUUCUGGGCGAGCAGAGCGUUGGAAAGACAUCGCUUAUCACGAGAUUCAUGUAUGACAGUUUUGACAAUACAUACCAGGCCACGAUAGGCAUAGAUUUUUUAAGCAAGACCAUGUACCUCGAAGACAGGACUGUUCGAUUACAACUGUGGGACACUGCAGGCCAAGAGCGUUUUCGAUCCUUGAUUCCUAGUUACAUUAGAGACUCCACUGUGGCAGUUGUAGUUUAUGACAUCACAAAUGCAAAUUCCUUUCACCAGACAUCAAAAUGGAUCGACGACGUUAGAACGGAGAGAGGCAGUGAUGUAAUAAUCAUGUUGGUUGGAAAUAAAACAGACUUGAGUGAUAAGCGACAAGUGUCUACUGAGGAGGGCGAGCGGAAAGCUAAAGAGUUAAAUGUAAUGUUCAUUGAAACUAGUGCUAAGGCAGGUUACAACGUUAAACAGCUGUUUCGAAGAGUAGCAGCAGCUUUGCCAGGUAUGGACUCGACGGAAAAUAAGCCUCCAGAAGACAUGCAAGAAGUAGUUCUCAAGGACACACCAAUCGAACUGAAAUCGUCGGAGAGCAGUUGUGCAUGCUAAAUCUACAGCGGUCCUAGUGGUGCAAACCACAAUCUAAAUUAAGUAGAAUUGUAGAUUAAAUUUUUCUCUUCAUUUUUUCAUUUCUUUCUUUUUUUUUUUUUUCUUUUUUUUUCUUUCUUUUGACUAAAAAUAUUAAAUUGUAGGUUUUUUUUAGUGGGCCAUUCUGUUGCAAAUUAUAAAGUACUAAAUUCGCCUUGCUUGACUAGAUGUCAGUUAUAAAAAGCAUUUGCAUUAAUUAACUGCAUUUACAGAAGGUACACGACACCCACGUCACACUUGCUGGCUGCUGUUUCACAUAUCUUUUUCAUAUUUUGCAUAUAAUUGCAACAUACUGCUGUUUAGUUGCAAAUUUCCAGCGGUUCAUUCACACAUGAGCAGGCUACAAUUAUGAAAUUUAAGAGAAGCUACUUUUUUAGAAAUGUCUCGAAAAUGUAAAUACGAUUCCAUGUUGUAUAUUUUUCAUAGGUGUAUGUAUAAUUAAUUUAUAAUUGUGUGGCGCAGAUGUGCAAUGCUUUCUCUUCUUUUUUUUUUCAAAGGGACAGAAGUUCAAAGUUGACACACGCCUUAUUUUUAUAUUGUGUUGUUACAAUGUAUUAUUUUUAUUAUUAAUUAUUCAUAUUUUGGUAUAACUAUGUGAAUGCAGUUAAUUGAAGUGUAAUUUUUUUUAUUGCAGAGUAUUAUCAGUAAUUUACGAUUGACUGUACAAUAUUACACUCAAGCACAUUACAUGGUUAUUUUAUAUAGGAUACUAUACAUUUAUUAAUUUAUUAACGAUGUGGAAUAAGAUUUAUUUGUAGGAUACAAUCAAUAUUUAGGACUUUAAGAUCAAAUUCGUAUAGGAGAUCACUUAAAUCACUGUCAUUUCUUAAUAACAUGACACUACACGCAAGUAUAUUUGUAAAAAACAAACUAUUUUUCCACGCAGGUUUUACGUGUAAAGUGUGUUUUUCACUGAGACUCUAUUUUCACUUAUUGUCUAAUUAAAUUAUUUUAAAAAAUUGAUAUUCUUGUCUUGACAUUUUCGUAAAUUAUUUAACAAAAAAAUGAGAAGCUCAAGAUGCUCACAGUCCAAUAUUAAAAAUUAAUUAAUAAACAAAUCAUUGGUAAAUUGUUACUAUUAUUAUUAUUAUUAUUAUUAUUUUAAUUCUUACUAUUAUUAUUAUAGUGGUCUUCUAACAACGUGCAUUUAGAAUUGAGGGCAUGUGAUAUACUUUAUAUUUGAGCAAUUAGUUUUUCCCCAAUUUGUGUCCACGCUAUGAUAUAUAUCUUUCACUGAAACUGUGCAAAAGUGCUGAGAAAGAUGAAGACAUUACUUUGGUUUUAAUAAACAACCAACAACAAAAUUGCAACCCGUAAUACGGGAAUUAACUGAAUUUUAUCGUUCAAACCAGAACUAAGUAAUUUAACUUCGUUUUCAUAUUUCUCACGAUUUGACCAAUUUUCACCGAGAAUUAUUCAUUACUGUGGGCAUAAAUGCGUGGACUGCAGAAACUGAUUUGCUCAUGUGGCAAUAUGUGGCACAUGCCUCUGAGGAAAUUGGAGCGUUAGGCUUAAUAGACUUGUUUUUUUAAUUCAGUGAUGUUACACCAACGAGCGGCCUAUACACCGACACGAAAUAUUCAAAUCAAUGAGCACUUUUUUAAUAGCUUUGUUACAUGGAUGUAAAAUUAAGGCUAGUGGGGUAUGAUGCAAAAAAAAUGGCAACAACUGCUGUAGCUUUGCUCAAAUGUCUACUUAAUGUUAGAAAUUCAAUUUUAAAAUUUAAACAUGGAACUUUGUAAACUUUGCUCGAACUCGGAAGAGCUUUGCUGUGUAAAAGACACAAUUCGACAUACCACUUAUAGAAAUAAAAAGAAUAAUAAUUAAAAUCUCAAGUUAUACAAAUAUUUUCUUUCUGCCAAAUAAAUUUAGAAAAAAGUA